AUGGCGAAGCUGAGAACACUACUGCAUUUAUCCCGCUCUCUCUUCCUUCUCAUUCUCUUCCAUUUCUCCUUCCUCGGCGAUGCUUCAAACCCAGACGCUGAGACGUUGCUGUCCUUCAAAUCCGCUGCGGAUACUUCUAAUAAGCUGUGGGAUUGGAACUCCAGCUCCGACCCGUGUGGGUGGACUGGUGUUUCUUUCCAAAACAACCGGGUUUCUCGCCUCGUUCUUGAAGGUUUCGACCUCCAUGGUUCGUUUCAACAGCUUUUUUCGCUGACCCAGCUCUGGGUUCUCAGCCUUAAGUGGAACCGGUUCACGGGUCCUCUCCCCGACCUUUCUAAGCUCACUGCACUGAAGCUGUUGUUUCUUUCAUACAAUGAGCUCUCGGGCGAGUUUCCGGCGUCUCUGACGUCGUUGUUCAGGCUGUACAGGCUUGAUCUGUCGCAUAAUAAUUUCUCCGGUGAGAUUCCGGCUAGUGCGAGCCAUUUGACUCAUCUGCUCACCCUGCGCCUCGAGGAAAAUGGGUUCUCCGGUUCGAUUUCCAGCGUCAACCUCCCGAAUCUCCAAGACUUCAACGUCUCCGGGAACAGACUUGUUGGGAAAAUACCCGCGUCUCGCUCUGGUUUCCCCGAAUCCUCAUUUGCCAACAACCCCGUUCUUUGCGGGCCUCGUCGAUUUCUUCCCCGUUCUUUGCGGGCCUUCGCCGAUUUCUUACCAAGCACGGCGAUUCCGGCACGGUUGUGUGGUAAUGUUGAAGGUGUAAUGGAGCAUACGUGUAUGGAAAUCGGAGAGUUCAAAUGA